CGAAAGAAAGCGAGUCGCGAUUCAAAGCAAACUAUUGCCGUCGCCGCUCUCGCUUCAUAUUCCGCAGAAAUGCUCCUCUUCUUUGUAACCUUCGCUUUUCUUGUAGAUUUAUCCUGGGCUCUUCCAACGGACGUUAUUAUUCAAUUCGAGCGCAGUGUUUUGGUAAACGGGACAGUCGUGGAGAGGAUCCUUGUCAAUGAUGCACAUUUAAAGGGCCAGUUCGACAAGCAACCUGUUGUCAGACCCAUUCAAGAUGAAGUCCUUAAGAUGAUGGUGGAGAAUGAUCAUCAUGUUACAGCAAGUUAUGGCACAUAUAUACGUUUGAGGGAAUGUAAGCUGCGAGGAUAUCGAGUCCUGCAGCUGUCCGACCGGUUUCAGCUCAAUGGCAAAGAUUAUCUGACUUUAGAUUCAGACACUGAUUCGUGGACAGUGUUGAUGCCAGAGGCACAGGAUCUAAAGCAGUCAUGGACACUUAAGGCCGAGCAAGCGAGUCUAGAGAAAAUUCACCUGAAAGAAGAGUGUGAGGAAUUCAUUAAACGGAGGAAUGACACCCAGAAUCAAGAAGGUGUUUUAGGCUCAAUUAUCCACUAUCCAGCCCAUCAUCUUGAAGUACCAUUGGACGGACAGAGCCAAAAGAACAUCUCAAGUCCUUGCUAAAGGGUCCCUAUUAGCAAUCACCUAACCUGCGUGA